AUGGGUUACGAUUCGUGUGAUGAGGAAGUUUACGAGGAGUUUGGUAGGGGUAAUCGAUUUCUGGGGUUCAUGUUUGGCAAUGUCAAUGAAUCUGGUGAUCUUGACGUCGAUUAUCUUGACGACGAUGCAAAGGAACAUCUUGCUGCGUUUUCUGACAAGCUCGGCCCAUCUUUGAUAAAACUAGAUCAUACGGAUGUUGAACAAGAAUAUGAUGGUGACAAGGCUGACAAUGCAGUUGAUUAUUUUGAUUUUGAUGAGGAUUUUAAGGAGGACCAUGACCCCUUGUUGCCCAGAAACGAAUAUGAUCUUUAUGUUGAUCAAGUCUCAUUGGCUUCUUUGGGGCCCACUACCACCACAGCUGAGGAGGGUCAAGUGUUUUCAGAUAAAAGUUGCACUUUAACUCCCACUCCACUGCCAGUUCUAUGCAUAGAAGAUGGAUUGGCUAUCUUACGAUUUUCGGAAAUCUUUGGUGCAGAUCAUGAUAGGCUUAGCUACUCCGCUCCUAAACAUAGGCAUACGAAAUCCAUGGAUGUUUCUGAUGAUAUUGUUGAAGACGACGAAGAAGAGGCAUUCUUGCAAGGAUUUCAGUCUUUGACAGAUCUAACAGUAUAUGUUUCUGAGGAAAGGGAAAGGCAAUCACCUUUGGUUUCUAAAUUUUUCCCUCUUGAUCAACAAGACUGGGAAGAUGGAAUUGUUUGGGGCAAUUCUCCUAUAGCAAGUGACAGUGACGUUGAGAGUUGUGAAAUAUCAGGACCUGAUCAUGAAGCCUCAGUUAAAAAUGACACAGAACUUGAUAAUGGGCCACAAAAUAUGCUGCAUAAUAGCUCAUCUAGUAAUUCAUCACUUACUUUCUCAGCAAGCAGAUGCCAUCCCCAAAUUUUGCGCCUAGACGUGGAUGACCAUGCAGACAGUACAAGGCAGAAUGCUGGUGAGAAGCUUCAACAGAGUGAUGGUGUGAGGCAAUUAAUUCGCAAACUUGCUUCACAAAACCGGGACAUGCUGGAAGGAUCUUGGUUAGACCAAAUAAUAUGGGAGCCUGAUAGUGAUACACCUACUGAGAAGCCAAAGCUUAUCAUUGAUCUUCAAGAUGAGCAAAUGCUUUUUGAGGUUUUGGAUAACAAGGACAGUGAACAUCUAAGGCUUCAUUCAAUGGCCAUGAUGGUCUCUCGCCCUCUAAAGCCGAGCAAUGGAGAUUCUUUUGAGCUGACAGAUAAUGAAGGUCAAUUUGGUUGGCAAGAUGUUGCAGCGAGAGGCAUAAAGGGUUAUCAAUCCCAACCUGCACUGGGGAAGAAAAAGUCUGCUGCUUGUCGAGGACGCACCACUGUUACUGGAGCAGAUCAUACUGAUCCACGCAAACUAAGCAUGGAGGCUGCACGAGAGGUUCUUCUUAGAUUCGGUGUUUCUGAUGAACUGAUUGCGAGGCAGACUAGAUGGCAUCGGAUUGCAAUGAUAAGCAAGCUUUCCAGUGAGCAAGCUGCAUCUGGGGUCAAAGUUCAGAGUUUUUCUUCAGCCAUAGGUGGGGAUGAAAAUGAGAAUGGCUGUGAAGGAAAUAAUGGCGAUCUAGAUUCUUUUGCGGGCGAUUUGGAAAAUCUGCUUGAUGCAGAAGAAUGUGAUCAAGAAGGGCUUAAAAAGAGAAGCCGGCCAUCCAUCCCUCAGACAGAAGAGGAAAUUGAAGAUGAAGCAGCUGAACAAAGCAGGCUGCUCAUGGAUGAUGAUAAGACUGCGAGGAAGAAGAAGAAAGUAAGAUUUGUGGAGGAGGAAGCAGGGUUGGCUCCUGGCUCGCAAACAUGUUUUGGUAUCGAAAAUCCAGAGAGGCCAGUGAAGCAAAUCAUUGGUGCAGCCAAAGCUAAGGGAUCCUAUACUUCAAAAGAGAAUCCAGUUGGAGAUGCAAAAGUUGCUGGUAAUCUUCCCAAAAGAAACAAGACCGGAAAAUGUAAAGGAAUUAGAAAUACUGAUACUGCUGAAGAUACAGAUCUGAUGAAUAAGAAACUGAUAAUAUCAAUAAAUGGAGAUAAGGGGUUUCAGGAGAAGAAGUCAGCGAGACAGAGUUUCAACUGUGGAGCAUGUGAUCAGCCUGGACACAUGAGAACAAACAAGAACUGCCCCAAGUAUAUUCAUGGAGAAGAUAUCCAUAGAGCUUCUCAAAAAUCGGCUACUCUAAAUCCAUCUUGUCAAUCUCAGCCGAAAACAAGGGCAAAGGAGCUGAUACCUAAAAGCUCUGCAACUAAAAUUUCGGUGAUUGAAGCUUCCCAGGUUGAAAACCUUGGUCUGAGCACAAAGCUUCCUAGAUUGAAAUUCAAAUGUGGGCCUAACAAAAUGAAGUCUGAAAAUGUGCCAGUUGAACCCCCUAGUGUGAACCAUGAUACUGAAUCACAAAGGGCAACUGUUGUUAUACAGGCACCAGCAAAUACAGAUAGAGAAGAGGUGGAAAGUUCCCAACAGAAAGGGCCAUCUGCGGAAGCGAAGAAAGAGCUGCAUCGAUAUCAUAAGAAAAUUGUAAUUAAACUUCCAAAAAAACUAUUUGCGUAA